AUGGCGAGACAGUGGAUAAUGUCGCACGGAAAUAAUUCCGCUCUUACGAAUCACGGCGUGCUUCAGGCCAAUUACCUCGGCGCCCACCUUGCUGCUACCGAUGUGAAGAUUUCCCACAUCUUCUCAUCAGAUCUACAACGUGCCGUCAAGACAGCCGAAGCAAUUCGAGCUGCUCAGUCCCCACUCCUAGGAGAGAUCAAGAAGCUGCAACUCCUAAGGGAGCAGGAUUUUGGUUCCUACGAGGGCAAGGCGUUCUCCCAACGUCCACCUAGGACCAACAAGAGCGGGAACCAUCGCGAUCUUGAAAGCCAUCACUAUGAUCCUGGUUUUAAGGAUGUAGAGUCGAAGCAGUCGAUGAUCAUCCGCAUGAACAGUUUCAUAGAUGCGUAUCUACUUCCGAUUUCUGAAGAAGGGCCCGCCGAGCAGCUGACGGUCGUUAUCGUCGCACAUGGCAAUAUCCUGAGCUACUUGUGGAGAGGGAUACUGAAGCGGUUCAAUGCGAGGGAUGUAACUGUCGCAUCUGGCGUUAUUGUUACUGGUAGCACGCUGAGCCUGGAGUACCUUGGGAGCUGGUCAAAUACUGGAUAUCUGGAGUUGGAGUGGAAGUCUGGAAAUUCUACUGCUCAACACUCGGGUAUAUUCCCAAAGGAAGGCACAGUUGCGACUGAUACCAAUCCUUCCACGCCGACUAAGACAUCAGCACAGUCUAAGUCGAGCUCACCAUCGCUAGCCCAACAGGUGCCACCUCCGCUGCAGGAUCGUCCGAUUAUACCUGCCAGUGUCUUGGCACUUCCGCCCCGGCUCUUGCACAUGUCACUUGUGGUAAAAGCAGUGAACAGUCAAGAGCAUCUGAAGGGGUUAAAGAAGGCUGGGGGCGGCAUUGGGAGCCUGAAGCAUGAUUUGAGCCAGAAGACAGUGGACAGUUUCUUCAAGAAACAGAGAAGCGAGUGA